GUAAAAACGCUAACAUACAUCUUUAACUAAUAAAGUUAACCUUGUUAGCACUACAAGAGCGCAUAGCAUUUUUAAAAUGGGGGACAUAAAGCAACGGACUCGUCCCAAACGUAUUUUUAUCAGUGACGUCGACAGGUAUUCCUCCAAGCACAUCGCUAAGUUUUUAUCGACAUGCGUAGCCGGGGAGACCUCAGAGGAUGACGAGGCAGAGGGCACUCGAGGUGAACCUGCUUUCCAGAUAGUGGGAACUGUAUCUUCGCCCAACGAUGAGACGGCAGCCUUUCUACUGGAACAAUAUACAUCACCCACUCGAGAUGAGCUCCUUGAGCGCCUGCUGGAGUGUGAUGUGGUGGUGUACAACAUCUCAGAAAAUGCAACACAACAGCUGGUUGAAGAGGCAACAUGGGCAAUCACAGCUCUUCAUGCUGAGUUGGAAAACUUCAAGUCUCGGAAAAUGUUCAUCUUAGUCUCGACAGUGAUGACCUGGGCCAUGUCCAAGCCACAGAGUUUGGAGGAAACAGAUGUUCUGCUAACAGAAGAUGAGUUCAGAAGAAGAAGGCCUCAUCCCACUUUCAAAAACCACAACAAUCUGGAGAAACUUGUGCUCAAAUUGGGUAGAGGGAAAAAGUCCAAAUUUACUGGUUAUGUUGUUGCUAGUGGUCUUCAGUAUGGAAAGGGAGAGAACCUCUUUCACUACUUUUUCAAGGUGUCUUGGUUGAUGCAGUUUCCAAAAGUUCCUGUAUUUGGACAGGGCACAAAUAGCAUCCCCAUGAUUCAUGUAUAUGACCUUGCAGGAGUGAUCCAAAACAUCACUGAACUCAGGCCAAAGUCUAAGUACAUCCUUGCUGUUGAUGAUUCCAAGAACACUUUGGAGGAUAUUGUGAAGAUGAUAAGUGAUACACUGGGGCCAGGAAAAAUCGACAAAGUACCAGAGCAGGAAGCCAUCACCAUGAGGGCUUUUAAGCCAGAGGAGCUGGAGUACCUAAGUAUCAACCUCCAACUGGACGCUUUAACUAUAAAAGACUCCUUCAGCCUCCGAUGGACGUCUGAAUCUGGGAUGAUUGAGAACAUGGAAAGCAUUGUGGAGGAAUACAAAGACACCAGGCAGUUACUUCCCAUCAGAAUCUGCCUGGUUGGACCUCCAUCUGUGGGUAAAACCACUGUUUCAGAGAAGCUCUGCAAUCAUUACCGGACACACCACAUCAAGAUCAAAGAGGUCAUUGAGGAAAAGAUUACACAGUUGAAGGAGAUCGUGAACGGAGGUGACCUUGAAUAUGUCAGUGAAGAGGUAGCAGCUGCUGCGCACACACAACUGGACAAUAUUAACAAAAGCAUGGAAAUGAAUACAGGUCGACUGGCUGACCAUCUGGUUUUUGACAUUUUGCAAGAAAAGCUGAAUUCAAAGCCGUGUAGGAACCAAGGAUUUGUUCUGGAUGGCUUUCCUAAGACCUACGAGCAAGCAAAGAUGAUUUUUAUGGAUGAGGACACAGAGAACCAGGAUACGAUGGUUAAAACACCUGUGUACAACACAAAGAUCACUCCAGAGCAUGUUAUUGCCUUAGAAGCAUCUGAUGAUUUCCUGACGAAAAGAGUUCAAGGACUUCCAGAACGCGUUGCAGAGAAAAUGCGUUGCACCCAGGAUGAAUUCCUCCCUCGCCUGAUGAGAUACAGACAACUCAGCACUGCUGAGGAAACCCUGCUGGACUACUUUGAUGAGCUGGAGAUUCACCCAGAAUACAUCGAGGUUACUACAGAUGAUCCAGACUACACAGAUGUUAUGAAGAAAAUCACUGAGAUGGUUGGGAUUCCCAAAAACUAUGGCCUGAGCCCAGAGGAGCAGGAGGAGGAGGACAGAAAGAAAGAAGAAGAGAGGAAGCAGAAACUGGCUGCAGACGCUGCUGAGAAGAAACGCAGGAAUGAGGCUGCGCUGGCUGAGAUGGCUGCUCAGUAUGAGGAGUGGCAGAAGAAUUUGUCCGAGGUGAAGAGACAGGAGCACGAGCUGCUGGAAGCUCACUGUCUUCCUCUGAGGAACUACCUGAUGAAGUAUGUGAUGCCCUCGCUCACUGAGGCCAUGAUCGAGUGCAGCAAGAUCAAACCGGAGGACCCCGUCGACUUCUUGGCUGAACAUCUUCAGCGGAGCAACCAACAAGAAUAAGAAUCUGUUUCACAAGGAGAUAUAUUCAUUUCUAACAUCUGAGGCUAUGUUUAUUCUACAGUAAUUAACGUGAUCAAAUGAUAGUGGUACCAGACAUUGUGAUGUAAAUUAAUUGAGUGAAGCAUCGAUGUUACAGGCUUAAAAUAAAUAUGACGAUGUUUGAUUAGAAAAAUUUCCAAUUUUUUUGUCAACCUAUCAUUCAAGCAAUUGAUCUGUCUGAUAAUUCCCUACAGUAAUUACCGGAAAGUCAUAGAUUUCAUUCAUAAAACCACCAACAUGUUCAUGCUUGGUUGUGCCU